AUGGAGGAGAUUAAAAAGUCUCUGAGAAUGCCAUUGUUUGGAAGCACGUUUAGUCCAAAGAAGACUCCUGCUCGAAAAGCUGCCUCUCUGUCCAGUCUCCACACCUUGGACAGAUCAACGAGAGAAAUAGAAUUAGGUACUGAAUAUGGACCACCGUGUAUGAACCUUGGUGGUCAAAUGUGGAAGUUUGAAGAAGGACAGUGGAUAACAGAGUCUGGUGGAACUGCAUCAAAUAAAGAAGUGCAGAGACUUAAAAAAAGAAACACCCAGUUAGAGGAAGAAAACAACCUCCUGAAAGUGAAGAAUGAAAUCCUCAUGGACAUGCUGACAGAGACGACGGUUCAAUAUCACCUGAUGGAGAAGGAGUUAGAAGAUGUAAAGCCUCAUCGACCAUAA